AUGGGUCUAAGCAUAAGGUACCUCAUUGGAGGUAAAUUCAAGACUGAACAAGAAUACUCUAUCUUGAGCUCCGACGAUGAAGUCUUAGAAUCUUCUAAGCCCUCGAGAGAAACCUUUACAAAAGCAAACAAUUUGCGAUUCGGUGGCCAUGCUCGGUUCAAAAUCGUAUUUGUUGUUGCCAUUAUCAGUACGGGUAUUGCUCUGGCGAUGCUAUUUUUCACAUUCCUGGGGUGGAAUAUGUGCUCUUCGGAGCAGAACUCCCUUCUAAGGACACCAGUCCCAUCUUUCCCCAAAGAAAUUCGAUAUUUCGAACGGAAUCAAACUUUUAUCGACCCGCCAAACCCAGAAAACGAUAUAGCAUGGAAUCAGCUCUUGCCCGACGGACGGGGAUACAUCUACGUCGAAAACGGCGCGAAAUACGAUCUGGAACCAGGAGUUCAAAAGGAGACUGGAGAGAUAUAUGGCGUCUCAAUGUUCCAUCAGAUUCAUUGCCUCGGUGUUAUUCGUCGAGAUUAUUAUAAGUUGGCAAUGGGGAUUCAGACAGAUGAUCAUUCCGUCAAAGAGGAAGCAGAGCGACAACUUGCCUACGAGCAUACAGGUCAUUGUUUUGAUUACCUGAGGCAAGCGUUUGAAUGCUCUGGUGACAUGACUCUUGAAUGGCCAAGAACAGAGAAAGAUGGAAGCCGAUUCCAGACGGAUGGAACAGGUAUUCCUCAUGUUUGUGCGAGCAAGGACGCAAUAAUGGACUAUAUGGAAGUUUAUGGUUAUCGUGAAGCCCACAACCAUGAUAUUGCAGCUUGA